CUAUGCUGGAUGACAUCGCCAUCAGUUGAAUGGGGAGACAUUUCGAAUUUAACAAAGUUGAACCACUUUAAUAUCUGAAAAAAUAUUUAAUUCAGAAUUCUAAGAACUGUUCUACAAAGCUGGUUUGUAGCCUAAAUCUAUCAAUACACCCUCUUUCACAUGAAUGCGUAUAGUUGUUCAUCUGUUGUCCUGUUCCUGUAAAUGUGUGUGUGUUUAAUGAAUACUUCACCUGAACCCCUUUAAAAUUUAGAAUAAGGAUGGACCACGAGGUACGUGGAUUAAAUAUUGAACGACGUCUUUAGUCAAUGUUUAGAAUGGUUUGUGUUGUACUGAUUUUGUUGAUCCACUACUCAUUUCAACAAUACAGUGUCUUCAAAAGUGAUAAUACAAUUAAAAUGCGUUUCAUUUUUUUAUUUAAGAUAUUUUUACUACGGGCGCCCAAGACGAUUGUAUCAUACAUUGUGUUAGUUAAUCGUACAACAAAGUUGGAAAAGUACCGUUUACAGAUCGCAAGACAAGCUUUCAAAAGUUUUACAGUAUUCUCUGUUGUAGUUACUAUGUAUGUGUGCAAAUAAAUGCUCACGUGUUCUUCCAUAAACAAUCACACGGCUUUCUUGAAUGUUAAUUUGUAGGAAUAUUCUAAUUCCAUCCUUGCUUGUCCUUUUGUGGGCUUAUAUUCAGUAAGUGAAAGAAUGAUACGUGCAAACUAAUAUUUCUCGCGCACCUAAAGGUUAAAUCCCGAAUCCUAUAAUGUUUAUAUGUUGCAAUAUCUCUAUCAGGGACCUAUGACCUUGGGUGUUCCUGUUGUCUCUGUUUUUGUCUGGAGUCCUUCUUAUUGACCUUCCCUGUGUCACUGCUAACUGAGUGGCAACCGAAGCAUGGAACACCGCAGCUAAUCUUUACCGUUGUCUUCUGCUUGUCUAGCAGAGUUGAAGCAGCCAGUGUGGGGUACGCAUUGCGCUCUGAUGAAAAUCCAACGAAAGACAACACGAACUUCGCAGAAAUAAACUCGGCAACUAGUUAUUGAAUAAAAAUCAAUUCAAGCCAUACGAGUUUUAAUGACUGUUCGUGUCGUUGACGGCGUGGAUUCACGUAUGUCAUGCAGUCUGUUACUUUGCUUCUUGUCCUUUUUCAACUGUAUCCAUUACGAACUAUACAGUUUUGGACAUUUAGGUUGUUUUGCUCUAAUCAUCAAAAGCAGUCUGAAACGUACAGGACAUUGGAAACUUAAAAGAUUCUCUCGUUCUUCUCUAGCGAAGCUAUAGCAGCCUUUAAAGUUGCAAUGAAACUAUAGCUAAACCACUAUUAGGUGUGGCAAACGAAAUAAAACAAUUUGCUUUGCGUUGAAAAUGCAUCUUUACUGAAGUGAACUGUUUAAGUUAUAUGCUUGGUUUAAAUAUCAUAUUUCAUUCUGAGUAUUUGGUGGGAAAAUAAAAUAUAAUUAUAUUUUUAUUUUUAUUAUACACAGUUUUUAUAAUGAUUAACUGAGAGUAUUCACAGGUACAUUAAAUUAAUUCAUAUUUUUAUAUUAAAGGUUAAGACGCACUCAUACUAAACAAAACUUCGUCAUCCAGUAUCUGCACUUGUUUAUGAUGACAUGCAUAUUGACAUCUGUCAAGUGACAUUUCUUCAGCGAAGUAGGCUAUUGCUAAGCAUUGUCAGGCAGGUAAAUUAUGCGAUCAGGAGUUUUGACAAAUUUCAGGAGAAAUUAGUCCUACCAAUUUAAAAUUACUGCAUGGCGUUCUGAAAUUGUGCACAUAUCCGAAAACGUUAAAGGUCCGUUGUGGGUAUAUGUUGCAGUUAAACGUUUGGCCAGAGGAAAAUGUUUCAUUUAGAAACAAACUCGACAGGCAAGCCCGAGGAAUGCUUUCGUCACUAAUUUCCACCUUUCUGUUAGUCUCAAUUGACUUGAAAUUGAGCUCUUCUUGCGUUAUUUCGCCAAGUACGCUAUACCAGUGGUAGUAAAUAUAACAACAGACGAAUGUAACCUAUUAAUCUGUAGGCCUAAUCAAUACUUUAAAUCGCGCUUUCAUACGAAAACAAGGUAAAUUUGGAAGCGAGAGCACUAGACAUGACUAAUAUAAAACAAGCACUGACAUGCUUGUUGGUGUACAAUCCUAUUCUACGUUUGGGUUCUGCGUGCGAUUUGGCUACAUAGUUUGUAACGAGCCAAUUUCUUUAACUUUUAUGCGAAUUGGUUCAACCCAUGCGCACACAGACACACAUUCCGACUGUUUUUCUUGGGGUAUAGUUAUUUAACCCAUUUGUGUCCACAUGUGAGCGGGAAUAACCUACCUAGCGUGGAAGUUAUUGAGUGAUUUUAUUUAAGGAGUAGGUUAUAUAUCUAAAUAUACACAACACACGAAUUUUAAUAUUUGUAAAACAAAUAUAGCCUUUGCAAUUAAACACGUUACUUUUUAUUUUUCCAAAAGGAAACGUAGUUGUAGGCACUCAACAUACAUAGGCUACAUAGCUACAUACUUACAUACAUACAUAAAAUUCUCAUAUUUACAAUAUAUAUGUUUUAUUAUGUAAGUGUGGUUUUUAUACCACCAUAUUCUUUCAAUUUAAAUUGCUUUUAAAUUGACCAAUCAUAAAUUAAUACCGGGCUACAGAUAUUGUUUAUUUGUCUAUAGGUUGUUGACAAACCCAGUAUGAGUUAUGUCGAUAUUAAAUAAGUAGCAUUUUAUGUAGGGUAUAAAUGUAUUUAGCCACAUGUCAUAUAUUUUUACAUUCCAUGGCAGGCUUUGCCACUAUCAAGGGAUCUUUAAAAUGAAAUUUCCCCCUGCCCAUAGUGUGAUUGCAUGAUUAAAUGCAUAUUGAAAUAUAGCAUGUUAGUGCGAGUUGUAUUUCGUAAGACAAACUUUUAAGGGGUUUAAAGUAUGAAUUAUGACAAGAGAUAGUGUGAACAUCAAUAAUAUCAAUCGGCUGAUUUAACCAACGCAGCCGUUUGAUAAUACAUAAGAAUCCUGGACCGUUAAAAUGUUGAUGAAACUUAAACGGGCUAGGUUGGAGUUUCAUAAACACACUGCUAUAAUGCUGUAUUUUCUCGAAAAGAAUGACAAUGGCCUUCAUUGUACAUUGCGUAAAUGCAAAUGCUUUGCUAACGCGUGGUCUAUGUCACAACGUAUUUUACGGUAAUAUUAUUUUUAAAGUCGAUACAUCAGAAAUCAGUGACCUUACCCCAAACGCUUUACAUGGCUUCGUCAACUACGGAGCGAGUUUACUUGGAGGUAUCGUUUUUCUUCCCCAGAUUAACCUCAUAGGAGCCGGAAUAUUCAAUAAAGGUUUGGGGACUUUACAAGCACAAACUGCCGUAUGUUCUGAGAAAAAAAUGUUCUAGUUUGGGGAAUUUACGAGGUUUCUGUUUAGUGCCGCGCCUGAAAGUCAAAGAGCCACCGUUAUUUGGCAGUCUAUAAGCGGCACAUUUCAAAGCAUUUUCUUUGCAAUAUUUUUAAAAGGAGUCCUGUAGCGAACGUAUGCGUGUCCCUUUAAACCAGCCAAGCUCCCGUCAAUCAUAUCAAAUUCCAACCAAUCCCAACGCGCUCUGUUUUAAAAGCAGAUCUGCCUGCUGUGCUUUUAUAUUGCACCAUAGCCUGCUUCGAAGCAGUUUUUACUACUACGAUUAUUGCCACAAAUCAGGAGGGCGCAAAGUGGACGGCAUGGGACUCGCACCACAUUUAAAAAACUGGUGUGUGGUUUGGAGUCUCAUUCGAAUUGUAGGUUCGGGAAUUUUCAUAUCGAGAUGGUAGCGUAUUUAACAGGAUAGAUGAUGAAAAUAACGUUUUCUAGGUGAUUCCAAAUCACGUGAUAUGUUAAAUUUGCGAGAUCACAGCCAUACCCAUAACAAAGCAUGACUAGUCUGCCGAGGUUUAGUGAUUGCCCUCUUUCUUACGUCUGUCCUGGGGAGAACAAUACUGAAGCCAGCGUGGUGCUGCCACCUUUGGCAGGGGCGCAUACGGGACACCCCACUGGCAGUCCCUUAAAACUCUGCCCCUCGCACAGUUCACAAGACUACCCUGAGACUAGGUCCAGUACUUAUGAUGGUUAUUUUGUCCCUCAGACUCCAGACUCUGGAUACUCCAGCCAUCGGUUAGAACAUGGUCCAAGGAGCUCUGUUGGUGGAGCUGAUCUCCUUGGAAAAGGCAUGCCACCCGUAAAUGAUGAACUGGCGGCAAGAACCUCUCAACAUGGCGUUAUUGGAAAGUAUAGUGACCUCACCAGCUAUAGAGAAAGGAGAAGUCGAGCAUUUUUCACUGCUUACCACGAACAGGCCCAGGGGUAUACCCAUGGAGCUCAAGAUCUCGGCAGCCAAAUGAUGCUCGGUCUACCAGGGGACUUUCUCUCAAGAACAAACCCCUAUAGUCAUUCCCUUGGCAGCCAAAGGGGCAGCAGACAACAGGUAGUCACCCAGUUUAUGACUUUCUACAAACCACUGAACAUGGCCAUACCACGAACAGGAAGCGACUCCAACCUCAGGUUCUCUAGGCAAAAUAUAAAGUGCGAGAAGGUCUGCAGGUGGAGUGGCGGCCAAGAGGAGCCUGGGAAGCGGCCUUGCGGGACGAAUUUUGAGACAAUGUAUGAACUUGUCACCCACAUAAUGAUGGAACAUGUAGGGGGACCAGAGCAAGCAGAACACAUUUGCUACUGGGAGGACUGCUCGAGGGAGAGGAAGCCAUUCAAAGCCAAAUACAAGCUGAUAAACCACAUCAGAGUCCACACUGGGGAAAAACCCUUCCCAUGCCCCUUCCAUGGCUGUGCGAAAUUCUUUGCAAGAUCAGAGAACCUGAAGAUUCACAAGCGAACACAUACAGGUGAAAAGCCUUUCAAGUGUGAUUUCUUGGGAUGCAAUCGAAGAUUCGCUAACAGCAGCGACCGGAAGAAGCAUUCCCACGUGCACUCCAAUGACAAACCGUACGCGUGUAAGGUCCGAGGGUGCCAGAAGUGCUACACGCAUCCCAGCUCCCUUCGAAAGCACAUGAAACUGCACUGCAAGACAUACGUGGCGAAAACCGAGGAGGAUAGAAAGGAUAACAUCGGGCACUUUGCCGAAACCAGGUCGCCCGCACUAACGCCUCGACAGAGCUCGUCCUGUCCCAAAGUUCAAACGUCCUGUUCCGGACUCCCUGCCACACCACAGGACCAUGUGUCGCUGGAGAGGGGAGAUGGCUCCUCCACGACGCCACGUUUUCUACGCAUGUACGACAAUGGCCUGGAUUGCGCACGUAGAUCGCAGUCUCUCAUUGACCCUUUGCUGUUGCAAAGAGAGCAGUACAGGACUGAGAUCGUUCAGUACGCCGCCAACCAGCCAAGCUACAGUUUCGCCCCGAGCCAUCAGACCUUUCAGCCGCACAGUGGCUCACCAUUCCAAAAAAGUAUUGUGAACGGCUGGUACACAUGUCACGGUGGGCCAGAGGCCUUCUCGUCAAAGCACAGUGACAGUGACAGAUCCUCCAUGUGACUACAUUAUUGCGCAUGUGUGUGUGUGUGUGUAAGUUAAUAUUUAUUUUUAUCCCCAUCAGACAUGUCCUAAAUUAAUUGGCGAGGAGGGCUUGACAGCCAAGACUAAUUGUGCGGUUUUGUUAUUGUUUUUGAUUCUAUGUAAUUCACCAGAACAAUGAAUUCGUUCCUCAGAAUUUUCAGUGGACGUUGUGCCUUUAGAUUGAGCAUUCACACCACCAUGCACCUUGCGACUGAUAGGCUUUAUAUGACCAGAAUUGGCUUGGCUUAAUUAGCUUGCUAUGUGACAGUUCCUUACUAUUUCACUACAAUAAGAAAGACUGAAAAGUCAUUGCGUCUGUUUUUUUGGGUUGUAAAUGAAAGCAUCUGCCAUUUAUGUACCUUUGAUGAUAAUUUGUUAUUUGUUUUGCUUGCUUGCAGUAUAAUGGAGCAAACAGAGAGUCGUUGUGUAGGCCUACUGAUAUGUCUUAAAUGUUAUGCUGCCUUUUUGACCUUUUAGAUGCGAAAGGAAGCGCCAGCAGUUUAAGAUAGUGGAAAUCCUUGUAUUAACGUUUGAGAGGUCAAACAGGGCAAUUCGGCUGAACCACGAAUUCUAACAAUGGAAUCAAGUAAAUGAUGGUUGUGCUUUUCUUGUCCCGGUUAUCUGAGCAGCGGACAAUGCAUAAUGGCAGUUAUCUUGCGUUUGGGUUGCAUCGCCCUUCAAAUUAGCCAAACUGUUUUGUACAAUUGUUCUUGAAACAUGUGUUCCAGAAUUAACACGUAUAGUAGAAUAGCAACAAGGGGCUAUUUGAAAUGGCGAUGCGUAGUAUAUUUGUAUUAUUUUGAUUGUUCACGUGUUUAUAUGAAUAAUAUGUUUAUCAGGGAUGGAAUUAUUAAUCUGUUUAUCCAACAUUAUGUAUUUUGUUCUUGCAUCACCUUUCCAAAUACUUUGAGAUCAAACAGUCAGUUGAUGUGCUAAAUAUCGUAUUCAAUGUGAACGAGGCCCGUUCAUCGUCAAGCAGGUCUGUAUUUUUUUUUUUUUCAACAGUUAUAGUGUCCGCCUUGGUUGGUGAAGCUAUUCGUUUAUUGGGCCUCCUGCUCACGUGCUGUCCUAGAUUUUUCUCUCUCUUUAUUUACGGGAUAUUACAUUUUCACACGGAUUAUGUGAGCUAUAUGCACAGACCUACUGUAUGUAUAGGCCAGGGCAUUGUUUUAGUUCAGUGGACAGUGCAAAGCCUCUGUGAUAAGAAUGAAGAUAUUUAAUUUGAAAUUCUACUGUAUAUACUGUAAUAUUAAUUAUACAUACACACAUUCAUUAAAGUAUGUGUAUUCUCUUUGA